CGAGGAGAUUGGUGGGAGGUGGGAUGGAAGUUCGCGCUCGCGCGCGCGGCCAUGUGCUCGAGCAUAGACGCUCGAUCGUCGAUCAGUCGUCGCCGCGCGUUCGCGGGGAGUCCAUCGUGCGAGUCUGUAAUUUCGUCGUCUUCGGACAAGUUCGUUCUCUUUCGAGCAUAUACGAUCUCCGUAUCUUCUUAGGCUUCUUCGUACGAAUAAACAAAUCGAAAUAGAAGAUAAGAAGUAAGAUAAGAAGACAAGAAAAAAGAAGAAGGAAGGAAGAAAGUAGAAAGGAAAAAAAAGAGAGAAGAGAAAGGAAAAAGGAAAGAGAGAAAGAGAGAAAGAGAGAGAGAGAGAGAGAGAGAGAGAGAGAGAGAGAGAGAGAGAGAGAGAGAGAAAGAAAGAAAGAAAAAAGAAAAAGAAAAGAACAUUUUGAAAGAAAAAUUGAGUUAUAUCUAUUUCGUGUUUUGAGCUUGCAGGAUGACGAGGAUCAAGAACGAUCCUUUUAAUAUUAUCGUGGUACGACGCGUUCUGUGACGUUUCAUGUCCCAGUACAAAGUUAUGAUCAAGGAGAUCAAAGAUAUAAGAUAAGAGAUCAUCAAACACAUAUACCUACAUUUUUUAUAUCGUCGACGGAAAAUGCCAAGGAUCGCACGGGAUACUAUAGUCGUCCUUUGGUGGAUCCGGCGAUCCAUCCUGGCAUAUUGCAUCAGAAAUCUGACACGACCCUUGAAAGUCUUCUGAAGAAACAGGAUGCACCAUACGGCGCCGUGGUAUUUACCUUGGGGCCUAAAGCUGGUGCCACUACCGAUACCGCCAGGACAUCCGGCAUCCGGUCUACCAAAUCCCGGAUUGCAUCUAUUGGCACCCUUACCGGGCAUUUAUGCUCCGGAACCACGAAAGAUCGAUUUGAAGCCCCUUCGCGAAACAACGAUACCACUGCCCGCCUCUAAGGUUACGGAAAAACGCAAAGCCGAGGAGGCCGAUGCCAGUAAGGACUUGAAAAAGGCGAAAUUGGAAACGAAAGCAUUGAAAGCAAAGAGGCCAGGAUUCACAGACGAGCGUUACAAUGAGACCAGCUAUUACGUGGAAAACGGGCUUCGAAAGGUAUAUCCCUAUUACUUCACAUUUACAACGUUCACGAAAGGCCGAUGGGUCGGCGAGAAGAUCUUGGAGGUCUUUGCAAGAGAAUUCCGUGCCCAUCCUGCGGAGGAAUAUGAGAGAUGUAUACGUGCUGGUACGCUCACCGUCAAUUAUCAAAGGGUGGACGUCGAUUAUAGAUUGCGACACAAUGACCUUCUGGCUAACGUCGUUCAUAGACACGAGGUGCCUGUCACCUCGGAGCCGAUCACGGUGAUACACAUGGACGAGGACGUCGUCGUGGUCAACAAGCCCGCCUCCAUCCCUGUACAUCCGUGCGGACGUUAUCGACACAACACGGUCGUCUUCAUUUUGGCAAAGGAAUACAACUUGAAGAAUCUUAGGACUAUCCAUAGGCUGGAUAGAUUGACCAGUGGAAUAUUACUUUUUGGUAGGACACCGAAGAAAGCAAGACAAAUGGAACAUCAGAUAAGAAAUAGACAGGUGCACAAACAAUACGUGUGCCGGGUCGAAGGUGAAUUUCCGGAGGAAGAAGUGGUCUGUUCAGAACCGAUCGAGGUCGUUUCCUACAAGAUAGGUGUUUGCAAGGUAUCCGAAAAGGGUAAGGACUGCGUCACACGUUUCAAACGUUUGAGUUACAAUGGAAAAUCUUCAGUGGUACUUUGCAAACCACAAACUGGUCGUAUGCAUCAAAUACGAGUUCACCUACAAUAUCUCGGUUAUCCUGUGGUGAAUGAUCCUCUUUACAAUCACGUGGUCUUUGGUCCUCACAAGGGAAAGGGCGGUAACAUCGGUAAAACAGACGAGGAAUUGGUCAGAGAUCUCAUUAGUAUUCACAAUGCCGAGAAUUGGCUUGGCAUGGAUGGGGACUCUGAGAUGAGUCUCUUCAAGCCGAAACUCGACAUGGAGGAACGCGAUUUGGCUGGCAACGAUAAGAACGUUAAUUCCUCGCCGGAGGAAGCAUCUUCGACGGCUACAUUGUCCGAGGAGGAACAACGGCCCCAGCAAGAACUUAAGUCUCUCAAAGUGACAGUUGGAACGCAAACGGGUUCAGAGCCACCCGAUCAAAGCUUCGCUAACGAUAAGGUCACCGUCGAUCCACACUGCUACGAGUGCAAAGUCAAAUACAGAGAUCCAAAACCAUCGGAUUUAGUGAUGUACCUUCACGCGUGGCGUUACUGCGGACCAGGCUGGGAAUACGAGACACCACUUCCUGCGUGGGCAGCCAGCGAUUGGACGGCCGAUGAUCGAUAGUUUAUGAAGAAAUUGGGAAAUGCGUGUAAUGCGAUAUAUCGACCAAUAAUUCCCGAUGAACGAUCAUCGCGAACGAUCAUCGUGACCGACCCUUCAACAAUUUUUUUGAUAUCCUUACCCCGUGCCUUCCAUCCGCGAACGAGCGAUCGUGACCAUCGUACGUGACUUUGUCCGGAAAGUAACGAGACUUUGCAAUAUUCAAAUAACGUUUUCAUAUUCACUCCUCGACGGUUCAAGAAUUAAAAAUAAAAAAGAAAGUAAAAGAAAAAAAAAAAAAAAAGAAGAAAUAAAAAAGAAAAUAAAAAGAAUAAAAAAGAAAAAGAGGAAUAAUAAUAAUAAUAAAAAAAUAAUAAUAAUGAUAAUAAUAAUAAUAAUAAAAGAAAAGCUACGAAGAAAGGAUAAAAAAAAAUAUUAAAUACCUUCGCGCUUUUUUUUUUUGUUUUCCUCUUCGCGAAUAGCUUAGCUCCAAAACUUUCAAAUAUGUAAUAAAACACAUUUUUUACUUAACGCUUGUACCUUAAUAGAAAAUUCUAUGCAAACGAAGAAGAGAGAGAGAGAGAGAGAGAGAGAGAGAGAAAGAGAGAGAAACAAAUAAACAAAAAUAUAAAAACGGAUGACGGCAAAAAAUUCGAACGGUGCACUUUGCUUGUCAUAAAGAAAGAAAAAAAAUAAAAUAAAAUAAAAAGAUAAAAAGAAAUUUAUGAUCAAAGUAAUAUAUGUGACAAUCGACUGUUGAACCGUCGAGAAAUGAUAGUUAGGGUUGUAAUUAAAAAAAAAAUAAAAAAAAAAUAAAAAAAAAAUAAAAAAAAAUAAAAAAAAAGACGUAUUUAUCACACGUUUACGUAAAAGAACAUGGUCUCGUUAUUUUCUGAAUAAUUUUUGGUACAUAAAAAAUCACCCCCUUUAACGCGUUGUGUAAACACUCGUGCUCGAGCGAAAAAAAGAGAGAGAGAGAGAGAGGGAGAGAGAGAGAGAGAGAGAGAGAGAGAGGAAGGGAGAGAGGGAGAGAGGGAAAGAGGAAGAAUGAUACCUGAACGUAUAUGGUCAAGAUUCAAAUCGUGGAUCGUAUUAUAAAAACGAGAUGAAAAAACAAAAAAAGAUAAUUAUCGCAAAACACAUAAAAAUCAAACACAUAUUUCAUUAUAAAUUUCAACGUCUAACGCACAAUUAUUAUUAGUCGUUUUUUUUUUCUUCUUCUUCUUUUUUUUUUUUUCUUUUCAAUAAUACCUCACAGAUCGACCCCAUUGCUAAGAGACCAUUUUGUAUUUUUAUCGGACAUUUCGUACGAAUUAGGUCUGCCAUUUUGUUCGACGAUAAACGUAGCCGAUGAAAAUAGAGAGGAGCAACCAAGAAAAUUGUUUUUCUUGGCUUCGACAGAUAAAAUACGCAGAGAGAAAUCGUAUCUGCUUGGUAAAAGAGAGAAAGAGAAAGACAGAGAUAAAGAGAGAAAGAGAGAGAGAGAGAGAAAGGUAGAGGGAAGGGAGGAAGGGAGGAGGGCUUUAGGAAAGAGGAAAUGUGAGUGUGAGUUUGUUAUUCCAUAAAUUUCAUUUGGUAUAGGCUCUUUAAUAAGAGAGAAGAAGAAAUAAAACAGGAAAUUCCUGUCAGAAUGGUUUGAAACUCUUGCGACGUCCACGUUUUCGAUCAUGAUCAUCGCGUAUGUAUCUUCCUCGUUGUAAUGCUCCGAGUCGCAUAUUCGCAGGGGGUUACUCUGAGAUACGCGUAGGAAACUGCGAUAGAAUACACAUCUAUUUUUAUGGCAGAUAUAUACAGGAAAACUAAAUAAAUGGCGCAGCUCCAGCGAUAGGGGGUCUCGAACAAUAAACGUGAUCAUGCCAAAGAGCAAGCAUCGGCGAGCUUUUAAUCAUAUCGUGUACAUGUACCUUUGACGCGACGACGACGACGGCGGCGGCGACGACGACGACGAUUUUGCACGACAAAUAAAUUGUCGAUAUUAUCCGCGAGUGCUAGUCGUCGUUAUCGUACAACACAGACACACAGAUUUUUGCAACAAGUACAAGAAAAUAUAAAAGAAGAAAAAAAAGUUACAAAAAAAAAAGAAAAAAAAGGGAAUAUAUAUAUAUGAAAUAAAAUAUAUAAUAAUAAUAAUAAUAAUAAUAAUAAAAUAAUAAUAAUAAUAAUAAUAAUAAAAUAAUAAUAAAAUAAUAAUAAUAAUAAUAAUAAUUAUAAUUAUAAUUAUAAUAAUAAUGUGUGAAAAUGAAACGCGUGAGUAACCGUGCUACAAUUAUUUUAUUACGAGUCGCGUUCGUUUCAUUAUCGAGUAAACGUGGUAUUUAGGCUUUAGAAUACGACUAGGGCGUACGAAUUCUGGAUCAAAGGAUAAAUGAGGACGACAAUGAUGACAAUGACGACUACAAUGACGACAACGACGACGACGACAACGACGACAACGAUGACGAUGACGACAAAAAGGAAUCCUUUGAUUCAGUACCAGGGAUUAAGAUGUACUGGAUCUCUAACAGUACAAGCUAUAAUCGAUAAAUCUUUGAGAACAGAGAUAGAAAGAGAAAGAGACGAAGAGAUAAGAGAAAAAGAGGGAUUAUAUAAGUAUGAAGAAUGAUAACGCGUAAUAACAACGGACCUAUCAUAAAAGACAGUGUGUGCGCUUAUUAACUCACAGGUACAGCUUGCUGUUAAAGCAAGUUUAUCCGAAUUUAAAUGAUAGCUUAAAUCUAUUUAAGUAAUUGAUAAUAUUAAAAACCGCAAAAAGACAGUCCCGAUUGAACGGCACAGAAGAUGAUGGUAAUAUGAAGAGGACGAAGAUGAAAAUAAAAAAUAAAAAAUAAAAAAUAAAAAAUAAAAAAUAAAAAAAUAAAAAUAAAAAAUAAAAAUAAAAAAGACGCCGGUAUGAAUACGCGCUUUUAUAUAUAUGUAUGCAAUGUAUGUAUACAAUACAUGUAUAUAUAUUGUAUACGCACAUCGUACCGCCAUUGACGAGCGGGCCAUUAUUAUUACCUGUACCGUAGUCGGCGGAACAUUAGUGUUAGUGAAUUUUCUUGUAUAAUGAACGAAUAAAUGAAAGAAAGAAAGAAAAAAAAAAAUUAUCGUUCAAUAUAUAGAAAAUGAUGUUUUAUCGAAACUUAAAAAUAAUCUCCUCCUCCUCCUCCUCCUCCCCCGCCCCACCAUCCUCAACAGUUCGCCUUAACAUAUAUAACUAUAUAAAUAAAAUUAGGAUUAACGUGAUACGCAUGAGCAUAAGUGAGAUAUGAGUCUUCCUUUUGUUUUUCUUUUAUUUACCGAUCCGUCUAACAACAUUAACGAGGAUCAGGAAGAAUCUUAUACUAAUAAGAAACUUUUUCGUACUAUCGCGUCUAUCUUCGCUUAUUAUAUGUACACUGAAAAAUAUAAAAUGAUAAAGUUCUUAGCCAGCUCAAUCUUUUUUUACUCUGUCCUUUUUUUCUUGUUUUUUUUUUCUUUUCCUUUUCCUUUUUGUUUUUAUACGAUAGACCUUCCUUGUUCUUCGUCGCUUCAUUCAAAGUAUUAUAUCUGUCGCUAAAGAUUUACUGAUAACACUGUUCUGUUUUUCUUUUUUUUUUUUUUUUUUUUCUUUAUACGCUACC